CAUUUACUUAUACAUACAUAUUUUUUCAGUUAUUUAAUGUUAUAUUUUCUGUGAUAAAAGUGUUAUUCAACAGAAGAAAAAUUUAACGAUGCCAAUCUUUGCUCUAGACGUAAAAACAGUGAAGUUAAUCACUACUACUCAAAUAAUAACUUCUGUUUAUACUGCAGUGAAAGAAUUAAUAGAAAAUGCACUUGAUACUAAUGCAGACAAUAUUGAAAUUAAUCUUGUAGAUAACGGUACCUCAUUAAUAGAAGUAAAGGAUAAUGGUUGUGGCAUAUCUAAAGAUGAUGCACUAUAUAUGUGUUUAUCGUCCUAUACAUCUAAAAUAUCUAGUUUUGAAGACCUAGAUGUAUUAUAUACAUUUGGAUUUCGCGGAGAGGCACUUAAUGCAUUGUGUGCAGUGGCAGAAGUUACCAUUAUAACAAAAACAAUGGAGGAUAUUGUUGGAACUUCCUAUACAAUGAACCAUGAUGGACAAAUCACACAACAUGAACCUUGUCAUAGAAGUACUGGCACCACAGUACAAGUAAGGAAUUUAUUUAAACAAAUACCUGUAAGGAGACAGAUGAUUACCAAUACAAGAAGAGCUAAUCAAACUAUUAAAUUAUUGGAAAUAUUGAUACAAAGCUUUAGUAUAUGCAAACCGAACGUAAGAAUUCAAUUCAGAGCAAAUAACAAUGUUAUAUUUACAAAGCCAAGUUUGAAUAAUAUCAAAGAAGCUGUGAAUUAUGUAUUUGGUAGAAAAAUUACAUCUAAUAUGGAAUGGAUUGAACCAAAAAAUAUAGAAUUUACUUUGCAAUUAAUGCUGCCUUCAAAACAAGUGCGGGAUUUAUCCGAAAUUUCUCAAUGUGGGUUACAGUAUAUUUUUGUUAAUAAUAGACCUGUUAAACAUAAAAAUCUUGAAAAGCAAACUAUGUAUUAUGUUUUAAUAUAUAUUUGUACAUAUCUCCUAUAAAUUCAUGCUUUUCAUAGAUCACAAUACAAUACAAAAAUUUACACUCUGUUCNUUAUGUUAGAACCAAUAAAUAUUGAUGUCAAUUUAGAACCAAAUAAAGAUGCAAUUCUUUUCAAAGAUCAGAAUAAUAUUCUUGAUACCAUAGAUAAAUGCAUAAGAACAUUCUAUGGGCUUAAAUUUGUGAAGACCAUUGAACAAAACGUAUCUGAUGACACAUCUACCUGUUAUGAAGAUCGUAUACUCAAUACUAGUGAGGAUUUUACGGAAACUGAAUGGUCUGCUUGUAAAAAACGAAAAAUGCAUAUUGAAGAGAAAAUUCAAGAGGAUAUAAUUAAAGAGAAAACAAUACUUAAGCAUAAUAAUAUUACCACAAAUGAGUGUGAAAAAACUUUUCAGGACAAACAACAGGAAAUUAAUCAGAUUUAUGAUCAGCAGCAUUAUAAAGAUGAAUUAGCUUUAAUAACUCACAUACAAUCACCGAACUUAAGUGAUUCUGAUUCAAAUGAUGCUUUUCCUGCUCCACCUUCAUUUAAUAGAUCAGUAGAAAAAGAACAUGAAACUUUGAGCCAAUUACCUGUAGUAGAUCUUGGUGAUGAUUUUGACUAUGUAGAAAAAAAUCCAGAAACUGGAGACUUAAAUAUUCUUACGAACGAAAAUAAGGAUAACACAAGUGAGAUACAGAAGAUGAAACAAAUAUCUUUAGAAGCGUGGAGCAAAGGACAUGUCCCUGGUCUCAAGGGUGGGACAGAUAUAAAAUCUGAUAUUGCUGUUGAAAGACGGUCAAAUGAUAAUUUCGUCAAGGAAAGUAAUGAGACAUUAGAGUCAAGUAAAAUACGUGUCGACCAUAAAGAGCUUAAAUUUUUAAAACAUGUUAGAUCGCAAGUCGUAAAAGAAAACCCUACAUUGACAACAGCUCAAACAGCCAAAAAAAUUACUGAAUUUUGGAAACAAUUAUCAUCCGAAGAGCGUGGUUAUUAUCGAGAUAUUACAGAAGAAGAAGAAAAAGAUGAAGUACGCGAGGCACGCCAAAAGUUUGAGGAGAAAACUGAAGUGAGUAAAAUAGACGCGGAGAAAAACAAAAAAAGGCUGUUACAGUUGUUUGAAAAAAUGAAUACAAAGAACGAGAAGAAAGAGAAAUUGAAGACAAGGACAAUAGUACCAUGGAACAUUGACAGGGAUAAAAUAAUAACGAGAUCAGAUUUUGAAAACAAUCAUGUAAUAGGCCGAUUGACAUCCAAUUUAUGGGUAGCUACAAUUUGUGAACAGAUAUGGGUUGUAGAUAUUACAAGCUUGAUAAAAGGCUUAAAAACGACCGAUGUUAACAUAGACAAGAUUGAUGCCAAAAGGAUUGAACAACUUCUCAAGCAAUGGCUAUUGAAACAAGAUGAUAUGUCAAUAAUGCAUUCAAUAUACGAAUUUUCAAAAAAUAUAUAGACCUAAUGCAACUGAUAUAAGAUGUCCCUUCUUAAAAAAUUGAACAAGCAUUUUAUAUAUUUUAACA